GGUCUUUGAGGCUCCCUUUGCUUCUUCCUCUCUCCCAGGACCCUGCAGCUUGUUUUGGCUCCUUGACUCUUCAGGAAGGAUGAAAGAGAUGGAUCCUGCAAAGCUAGCGGGGAUGGAAGGGGGAAGAUGGACGGUUGACCUGGUCAGGUUGUCUCCUGCGUCCCUCCUCACAACCUCUGAGCGUUUCUCUCUAGGGCUCUCAGAGAGAUCUGGUGAGUUCCAGGGGAGGGGAGAUGGGGACAUGGAGGGAUGGAGCCAGAGAGGUAUUGGGGCUUGCUCAGCCUGGGGGUGGGGGGAGGCAGGCAGGCGGAGAUUGAGAAGGUGAGCACCUUUUUGGGCUCCACCACCUGCCUGCCUGCGCCUUUGUCGUCUGCAGGGAAUUUCAGCUAGAAAUACAUCACAGCUCCCCGGCCACCACGAUGCAUUGGCAGCUCAAAAGGUCUAAUACCAGUGCUGUGAUCUGAAUACCCUACCAAUGUCAAAAAACUUACCGCUCUAUCACACAGCAGUAGAAGCAACGACUCUUUAAAGUAAUGUGAUGCUGCUUUGCAGUUUGAAUGCAGAUGGGGCCUAUGCUUUGUGUCGCCCUUUUCUUUUCUUUUUGGAAUAACUUUUUAUUUCCUUUUAAAAACAAGGAACAUAUGAAUAAUAAAGGACACAAACAUGUAGACCAGGUCGUCUCAUGCCAUUUGUAUAUCUCAAAACUAGCAGAAUAAAUUUGCAGGAAUGGCUAUAACAUAUGGUUCAUCAUUAAUGGUCAGUGUAUGAGUUCUGGGUUCAUGAAUUGGUUUAAACUGGAAAACAAAAACGGGAAGCAGGAGAGAACAGAGAGCAUUCAACAUCACAUAGCUGGUUGUCUAUUCAGGAGCUCUUCGUGGUUGUUGUACUUAGAUUAAGAUUAAGGAGAGCCAGUGUGGCGCAGUGGUUAAGAGCGGUGGACUCGUAAUCUGGUGAACCGGGUUCGCAUGUUCACUCCUCCACAUGCAGCUGCUAUUAAUGUUAGUUUCUGAGGUAAAACAUGUCAUUUUACAACUGUGCACCUGUCCUUCUGGAUUAUUCGUGGUUUUCUGGAUUUUGUGGGACCCAAACCCAUUUUCUGUGGUAUUUAUAUGUGUGGAGGUUGUCCCGGGUUGUUUGACCCUUGAAAAACAAAGUUUUUUUUUCUUCUAGAAAAGACACCACAAGAUUCUCUGUUUAGAGUUUAAACGGAACACAUUACAUUACUUGAUAUACUAAAAGACGUUUGCAUGUGCUUGUAUCUAAUAUAUCUAUAUCUAUUAUGUAUUGAUUUUGAUUAUUUCUACAUUUAUUCCAUUUUUUAUUCAAGACAAUAAGCUCAAAAAACCAAAAUAAUUCAACAUCAAAUAAUUCUGCUACAUGAGGUAUGAAGAGGGAAUUACAAGUGCUUCUAUCUAUAUGAGACGUUACAUAGCAGCAUAAAACAGGCAGCAGGUGCUCUCACAGAAAACCUCUCUCUCACUCGACAGUUGAGAACAGACCUAACUGAAAAAACGGCCUUCUGGAGUGACAGUCACCCUUUCCAUAGCAACUUGGAGGCAACAUUCACACACAGAGUUGUUAGGGAAGUUGAGGUAAUUUCUGUCAGGUUUGGGUUUCUGUUUUCGCCUCUGCCCGUUUUUUAAAGAGAAGACCAAUGUUAGAGUUGGAGUUGAUUUCAUGAUUGUGGCAACAAAAAUCCGUCCUAGAAAACAGCCAGACUUUCUGAACCUCUGCUUCUCAAAAAUACUCUGUGAAUGCUGGUCGACAAAGACCAUGACCUCUGUAGGAAGACCUCACAUCUUCUGUUCCUCCUCUUUGACAAAUUUUCAUUAGCAUUGUUCAAUAAUUGGGGGGUCCAUUUCUUCCUGAGGAUCUAAUUAGUUUCUGUCUUUGUUGUAGGUGGUGAUGAAUUGGAAAUGAAGAAUGGGGGAGAUCAUGACAAAGUCCACACAGUGGAGAAGCCAAAUCAAAAUUGGGAGUAUGGAGAGAGCUCCGGUCAGAGUUCCCGUUCCCACCAAAGAACUCACAGUGGGAAGAAAGGCUAUCAGUGCUCAGAAUGUGGGAAGAGCUUCAUUCGGAAGGACAAUCUCACUUUGCAUCAAAGAAUUCAUACUGGAGAGAAACCCCAUCAGUGCUUGGAAUGUGGAAAGAGGUUUCGUCAGAGUGGGGCUCUCACUUCCCACAAAAGAAUUCAUACUGGAGAGAAACCCUAUCAGUGCUUGGAAUGUGGAAAGAGCUUCAGUCACAGCAACAGUCUCACUUCCCACCAAAGAAUUCAUACAGGGGAGAAACCCUAUCAGUGCUCAGAAUGUGGGAAGAGCUUCAGUCGGAAGGACAAACUCACUUUGCAUCAAAUAAUUCAUACUGGAGAGAAACCCUAUCAGUGCUUGGAAUGUGGAAAGAGCUUUUGUCAGAGUGGGGUUCUCACUUCCCACAAAAGAAUUCAUACUGGAGAGAAACCCUAUCAGUGCUUGGAAUGUGGAAAGAGCUUCAGUCACAGCCACAGUCUCACUUCCCACCAAAGAAUUCAUACAGGGGAGAAACCCUAUCAGUGCUUGGAAUGUGGAAAUAGCUUCAGUCAGAGGAGCAGUCUCGCUUCCCAUCAAAGAAUUCAUACAGGGGUGAAACCCCAUCAGUGCUUGGAAUGUGGAAAUAGCUUCAGUCAGAGCAGCAGUCUCACUUCCCAUCAAAUAAUUCAUACAGGGGUGAAACCCUACCAGUGCUUAGAAUGUGGAAAAAACUUCACUCAGAGCAGCAGUCUCGCUUCCCAUCAAAGAAUUCAUACAGGGGUGAAAUCCUAUCAGUGCUUAGAAUGUGGAAAGAGCUUCAGUCACAGACAGAGUCUCACUUCCCAUCAAAUAAUUCAUACAGGGGUGAAACCCUAUCAGUGCUUGGAAUGUGGAAAGAACUUCAGUCACAGCCACAAUCUCGCUUCCCAUCAAAGAAUCCAUACAGGGGAGAAACCAUAUCAGUGCUUGGAAUGUGGAAAGAAUUUUCGUCUGAGUGGGGAUCUCACUUCCCAUCAAAAAAUUCAUACAGGGGAGAAACCCUAUCAGUGCUUGGAAUGUGGAAAGCGCUUCAGUCACAGCAGCAGUCUCACUUUCCAUCACAGAAUUCAUACAGGGGAGAAACCCUAUCAGUGCUUGGAAUGUGGAAAGAGCUUCAGUAGGAGCACCCAUCUCACUUCCCAUGAAAGAAUUCAUACAGGGGAGAAACCAUAUCAGUGCUUGGAAUGUGGGAAGAGCUUCAGAAAGAGGGCAAGUCUCAACCGCCAUCAAAGAACUCAUACAGUGGUACCUUAG